UUGCUUUAGACUUCCGGAUAACGUAUCCUACGAAGAGGGAGCACUGGUAGAAGCUCUGGCAGUUGUGGUACACGCUUGCCGUCGAGUGGACGUACAUGUGGGCCAUCAGGUGCUGAUCUGUGGUGCGGGACCAGUCGGAAUUAUGAGUGCUUUGUGCGCCAAAGCAUUCGGGGCAACAAAAGUAUUCCUCACAGACAUCAAUGAAAGUCGUCUAAAACUGGCGUCUGAGUUGGGCGCCGACGGAGUCUUCGUAAUUGAUACCAAAAACUUUAACGACAAAGAAAUGGCGCAAAAAAUCCGCAAAGAGCUGAGCGCCGACUGUUUGGGAGCCGAUGUGACCAUUGAGUGCACAGGCGUUGAGUCUUCGGUUUGUUUGGCAAUACAUGCGACCAAAAGUGGCGGCAAAGUCGGGAUCGUUGGAUUGGGGGCUGAUUCACGUAUACCAUUAAGUUCUGCAGCCAUGAGGGAAGUGGAUUUGAUUGGUGUCUGUCGUAUCAAAGACGACUAUGAAUUGGCGAUACAAUUGAUAUCAAGUGGUAAACUCAAUGUUAAGCCAUUGAUAACACAUAAGUUUAAAAUCCAAGAAGCGAUCGAAGCGUUCAAUCUAUUGAGAAGUGGUGCCGAAGGAGUGGUCAAAGUCUUGAUUCAGUACUAACUCAACAAUUUAACGCAAUUUAAUUAAGUAUUUAUUGAAUAUUAAGUAACAUGUUAACUCUAACCAAAGUUACCAUAUACCCUAUACCAGUAUUAUACAGUACUACAGCACCAAGUCCACUUAUUCAUGUUAUUCUAUGCCUUAUAAGUUGCUAUAAGUUUAUGUCCGAC